AUCUAUCUAUCUAUCUAUCUAUCUAUCUAUCUAUCUAUCUAUCUAUCUAUCUAUCUAUCUAUCUAUCUAUCUAUCUAUCUAUCUAUCUAUCUAUCUAUCUAUCUAUAUAUAUAUAUCUAUAUCUAUGUAUAUUAGUAAGAGAAAAAUCGUUUAAAAAGGGUAUACAUGUAUACAGUCGACUCCAAUAACUCGAACCCUAGCUACUGACUCAAACCUCGUGCUAACUCGAAGUAAUACUAAUUUUGUUUCUCUUCAGAUCAUUUCUCUUUCAUGACUUACCGUAAUGAUUCGAUUUAGCGCCCAGGCGCUUAUUUACUUUUGGUGCCUCGAGGGAGGACGCUUAUUCGGGACAGGGCGCUUAUUUCUUUUUUGAGAAAAAACCAAAUGUUAAAAAAAGAACUUUGAUAUUUAUUUAAAAACGAACAACACUUGAAACUGUAGCAGUAACAAAUACUGACGGUGAAUGCUCAGUUAACGCGAGGGACUUACCUUGAAACUUGUUGGGCACUUUGUCGAUGGAACUUUCCUUCCUUAUAUUCACCUUUCUUAAAAAAGCUCGCAGUCAAAACAAAGUGCAAGUCGAUUGAGGUAAUGGAUCAAGGAGACUGGAAAACGGACUUAUUGUCCCUGGAUCCUUCCUCGCCAGAACGACCAGCCGAGCAAUCUCCACAAAAUUUGAAGAAGAGAUCAUUCCUUUGAAGACUUUGAAGACUCUGGUAAAUCUAAAGCAAGCGACCGGACAAAUUUAGGCACAGGUGCGGCCCCCAUUAAUUGGUAGUACAAUCCUGUCACGCUUAAGUUUACAAUUCUUUUUUUUUAGAACAGCCGUUUUAAGAAAGUUAUCCGACAUUAGAUUCCCGUGAUACCGGACCCUUCACCCGUCAAGAUGGCUUUCAAAACCGUCAUAAGGUCUAUAGUGUGGCUUAAGGCAGUACGAAAAUUGAAUUUUUAAUAUUGCCUCUGCUUUUUCGUCAGUCCAGUUCAAAUCAAAUACAGAAUAUUCUGUAAAUUCAGUGUUUUAGAGUAUUACGUAUUUUACAACUGAUUGCAUGUAUUCCGCCAUUCCGCCGAAUAGGGUCACCCAAAUAUAAUAUUGGGGAGGACAUCAUAAAAAAAUAUAGGAGACCGGUAAGACUUUUAAAUCGAUGAAAGUGCCUCACUCAUUUUGCAACUUCAUUUUAUAAUAUGCUUCAUAAUUUGUUUUCACAAUAAUAUUUAUGAUAUUUAGAUGAUAACCAAUGCACAACGCACAACUUGUCACAUUACCGAUUGGACAGCAUACCAUGCACUCAGACUCUUGCGCAGGAAAGUUACAGAAUGAAAUUAUUUUUUGCUACACUCAGUCACAUUCCUUUACACUGAAACCUUGGCUAAAAGGUCUCUUUUCAGAUCUGUAGAUUUGUAAGGUAUUUCGAAAUACCCGCACAUGUCUUUCAACACUAACAUUGAAAGAUGAAAGUUUGUUGCUGUGAUAAUUAUGACAAAGAUUGUAAACAUCAAAUAUAAUUGGAUGUUUUAAGCCCAAAUAUUCUAUCACCUCUUCAACAGCAUGGAGGGGGAAAUGGGGGCUUACGGUAUUGAGCUUUUUUUCAUGCGGUAUUUUGGUAAUUUGGAUUUUAAAGUGGGGUAUUGCGGUAAUAUCAUUUAGCCCUGCGGUAGGCGGUAUUUCUUCCUUUUGGUUAACGGUCUUCGGUAAAAGAAGAUCACGGUAUUGCGGUACUGUUCAUUGCCCUCUCCUGUUUCAUGCUAGCCUGCGUAGCAGGCGUUUGGAUGACCCUCGCGUGUCUCCCUCACGCGCGCCCGUUCUCUCUCGCGCCCACUACUUCCAAGCGCCUGCUACGCAGGCUAGUUUAAUGCACGUCAGUAUUUUUAAGACUUUAGAUUAAUGGUAAAUGAUUACCAUUACACAAUUUCUGACAGAUAAUCUGUGAUGAAAUUGGUAGGGUAUCUUUUUCGUUCGUUGUACCGAUCAGUUCGAGGUCGUCUCACGUUUCCUCGCAAAAUUAAACAGAAGCCCAUCAAUGAUGGGCUCCUGAAUUAAAUUAAAUUGAUUAAAUACCGCAAUACCGUGAGAAAAAUUGGUAAAUACCGAAAUACCGUGUCAAAAAUCGACGAAAUACCGAUACUGCAUUUAUUUUCGGUAUUGGGUACCUACCAAUGUCCCCCCCUAGAAUAGCGUUGCUCUCCAACUUCGUCACCUUUCUUCGGUAAAUGCUAGUUUCCAUAUCUCAAACCGCCCUUGGAUACCUUGUGAUGCCUACACAAAGUAAUUGCAUAUAUGUAUACAUAUAUGAGUGAGCCCUGACUAUAGUGAUUAGGGUUAAGCACUAACAAUACUGAUUAGGGUUAAGCACUGAAAAUACUGAUUAGGGUUAAGCACUUAGAAUUGUGAUUAGGGUUAACGAUUAGCUUCUUUUUAGGGUUAGGGUUUUCGCUACAGCGAAUCCUCGGUGGUGUAGUGGUUAGGGCUGGGGACUUCUGAUUUAGUACUUCGGGAUCGAUUCCUACUCGUAUUACGGAAAAUUUUUUUUCCUUUAAAAUUGAAGAGACUUGCACUUUGACGACAUUUGUUGAGCAGAAACUAAGUCUCUGGGUCAAGAAACUUAGAAAUUUCAUGUAAGUGUAAGUGAAAAGGGAGAGGGCGGUUUGAGAUAUGGAAACGAGUGCUUACCCCUUUCUUCAGGUCCGCUGACCCCUACACGCGCUGACCCGUAACGUCCGUUGGAAUGUAUGUAACGAAAUACAAGCAGCCCACCUUCAAAGUACUUGGAGACUAGCUGAGGCUGAAUUCACCAUCAUUAAUCGGAAAAACAUAAAACUGUUUCACUUCACGAUUUCUGGUGAUAGAAAGACUGUUUUUUUUUUUUUUACACUUAUAUUUCACGUAUUUGUUUGGAUCCCGCUGCAGUUCGGACAAAUGAACGCUGUCACGCGACAACAUUUCCAAGAUUCAACUCUCCUUAGCAGAUGGUAAUUUCGAGUUAUUCUCUUUUUCUGCGAAUCUUUCAUUUUCCUUUCUCUUUUAAUUCUAUAUAAUUCUAUUUAGGAUGGUUUUGAGCGCCUAGCAAGGCUUAAAGUGGCGUUUACCACGCUAUCCUUGGCCAUAUUGGCAACAGAGAAGUGUUUCGCCGAAGUGGCAACUUAACGGUAAAUACGGUAACUUUGAACGGUUUUUACAACGUCAGUAUACUUUGGCCGGAAAAUGUUUUUAAGAAAACGUGAUGUAUAUCCCUCCAAUGUCUGAUUCAUCACUGUGAUUGCUUUCAGCUGCGUUGGACUUUUGAGAAAUUAUUGUUUUAAAAUCAACUCCAACGCUCCAUCUAAUUUAAUAUGCAAUAUUUGAAAAUCUAUUUUUUAUUCCCUUCGGCAAUUUUUCGAUGUUUAUCGAACGAUAUUGCAUUAAAAGGCCUUUUUCUUCAUCACUGUGUGGUUUUCUCGCUAUUUUGCGUUGCGAUAGUGAUUUCUGAACCGUUUUUUGCGAGGGCUUAUUUUAGGCCUGAUUUUGCUGCUAUCAGACGGAAAAAGUUUGCGGCUCGAUAUUUUUGGUUUAAAGCGAAACUGAAACAAAAGAAAUUCAUUUUUGAAUAGUAUUCGGUAACCUCUACUUGGGAGACAAAAAUCGGCCGAUUUUAUUUUUUAGCCGGAAAUCAUCGGUCGUUUCUUAGGCGCAGGGCCUCUUAAGCAAGCAAGGCUGGGGGAAUUCGUCAAAGAAUUGUUUUUUGAUGUAUCCGGGGAAAAUGAAAUUGAAAUAAUGAAUAAAUUGUUCAUUUCGCUACCCUGUUUAAGAGUAAGGGAUAUUAUUUUUAGACUACGAGUAGUCCCCCAUUUUUCCUCAGGGAUAGCGAAAACGCGAAAAAUGGGGGACUACUCGUAGUCUAUUUCGUUUUGGCGUUUUCAACUAAAGUCAUAGAUCAGAUUUUUUUUGGACAAGAAGAUGGUCGUGUCCACAAAUGUUGACCUCUCAUCGCCAACGUUCGCACUCCCUUCAAAAGGCCUCCGGUCUAAAAAAGACGUCCUGUUCGCAAGAGGCUUAAUUGUAAAUACUCUUGUAGUUUUAAAAGGAAUAACACACAAACUGCCGUUACAAACAUCAGAAAUAACUAACGUAUUGAGACCCUGAAAACCUGUACCCUGUUCAGCGGCAUAACCCGUUGAGGCGAAAUAACAAAGCGCCUCUCCCCUCCCCCGGUCUUUCCUUGAGACUGUAACAUUUCAACGAAACCGUGAAAGCCAGAGCUUAAAUCAGGCUUUUAGUGAAGCUAGAACCUUCCAAGAAUAGAGAAGUCUAAACGAACAGUACUUAUUCAAGUUGAGAAACGAACUUAUAGUGUCGUACCCAAGUUUUCCUCCGCCCGGCCUGCGUUUGAGUUCUUUUCGGCGUGGACAGUUUCGAAGCAUUUAUUGGUUUCCGAGGGGUCCGUUGGUCAAGAAAACAAUUUCUGAACGUUUAAUUUGGUCCAGACCCUUAGAUAACAGGCGGAGGUGGGGGGGGGGGGCGAUUUCCAAAAAGAAUUUUUCCGCCCUUCGGGUCUCAGUUGGUCUAAAAAUAAGCGGGAGGAGGGGCGGGCCCCCGGGCCGCUCCCCUGGAUCCGCCGCUGGUUGUGAAAUGUAGGCUGUUUUCUUAGGCUGAUUCGGGUAAAACGUCUCUUAUCCAAGAAACCGCCAGGGCGGUUGCAGCAAACGGGGCUCGGAGCAAUUCGGCCCUGAUCCAUGGGGUCGGGAUCAUUUCGGGGGCUGUACAGAACCCUUAGCCUAUAACAGCGCUCGUUCAAUUGAAUUUUUGCUACCCUAAUACGAGACUAAACUCUCAAAAUCCCCCUCUAUCCCAGAGUAGCUGUUUUCCAGAAACUACUGAGGUCACAAACACAGUCCAGCCAAAACAAAACAGAUUUGAUUUUUCAUAUUUUUUGAGUAAUCUACUGAUCGCCCCUGGUAAGGAAAUCCAAGACAGUCUUGGAUUCUGGAUUCCACGCCGUGUCUCGGGAUUCCAGGCACUGGAUUCCGUAUUCUUUGUCAGUAGAAUCUAGAAUGCAGAUUCCAGGUACUGGAUUCCAGAUUUCUUGAGCUGUAUUCCGGGUUUCAGAGCCCACGAAUCUGGACGUUUUCCUGAUUCCGGAUUCAACGAGCAAAAAUUUGCCGGAUUCCGAUGUCUGGAUUCCCUUAUAUGGGGCGAUACGGCUUAGAAAUGCUGUCAUCAACCACUAUACAGAAAGUACAUGUAUUGUUGAUUAGCUACUGUUUUGUGGUGUGCUGCUAAAUUAAUGAGCAUUUUAAAAUUCUUAAUUCUGUCUUCGUUCGGAAAUUAGACGUUGCCCUGUAAAAAGGUGUACGUAUUUUGUUUUGGAGAAUUUAACUAAUGUCCACCAUUGCUGUCGGACGUUUUCACAUCACUCUGGCGGCCAUACUGGAGUACCGAAACCUUGAAAUGGCGACCCUGUUGGCGAACCGAGCUGAUCCUCGCUUCUCAUGUAAACACCCCCACUUAUUUAAAGAAAAUUUGGAUAACUUCUGGCCCACAUAAGUGAUAACGCUCUAUCCGUUGCCAUGGUGACAAUUAAACUUUACUUCCUACCAAUGCUAAUUUCUUUGGUGGAAAAGAAAUAAAAGGCUGCAGGAUUAGUUUUGCUAGAAAAAUACGACAUAUCCCCAGUGACGGUGAGGUAACACGGGAGAUUAUUUCAAAAGGGGCAUAUUCCAGGAAUACGAGAGACAUGUGAGAUUAUUCUCAAAGAUUAGUAUAGGUAAUAGCAUGAUUAGUAGUGAUAUUUGGCAUAAAUUCCACGAGUGAUGUUUCAAAAUUGUUAUACGUAAUUUCACGAGCCAUUAAGCGAGCGAAAUUUGAGACAAUUUUGAAAUAUCACGAGUGGUAUUUAUGCCAAAUAUCACGUACAAAUCAUGCUAUUAAUUGUUUAUACUACUACCCGCAAAAGGUUGUAAUUUUCACAUGCAGGUAUUUCAAAUUAAGCUGAAAUACCACUGCUCUAAGCCAAUCAAAUUGCAGAAAUUUCUCAUGUAGCAGUAUAAGUGUUUUAAAAGGUUAAGCCAAUCGUGGAACUUGCAUUUUCCCAUGUUUUUUCUUGGGCUGUUCGAAAAACUGUACUUGAUGUUUAGUUUAGUUUAGUUUCACUUUAAGAAAUAAUUCCUAUUACCAUGACUAGACCAAAUUCGUUUAAAGAUAUGUAAGCCCGUUUCAAUCUUUUAGAGCAGUAAGCGAAACAAACAAACAAGCAAAUAAACAAACCAACCAAAAAACAAAUCUCUAAACGCCUGGAACUGCAAUUUGUAGGCCAGAUUCUUAUACGUCUACAGCUACACUGGCUUGGAAGACAUGAGACGGUGGCGUAACUUGCACGGGUGACUUAUAUCUAGUACAUCCUAGUAGGAAUCUUUGAUUAAAACAGUAGCACGCGGAAAAAUGGAACGUCGUCAGGUUUAAAAUAUAAGGUGGGAACGCUGCGUCAGUUUUUAAGUGUGUACGAAGACUUAGUUUCGAAAUUUUAACGAUUAAAUAAGUGCUGUUUAAAAUUUGGGCUUUAAAGCGAUAUUGUAUACUGUGUGUAAAAUAAAUAUUUUUCUGGUACUUCUGAACGUACUACUACUACCUUGUAAUACUACUAAUAUUUCAUAUUUUUAUGAUUAUUAUCCGCAAAACGGCGAGAGAGAGACACGUAUGGAUACGAGGCAGUGGCAAUUAUAUUUUUUGUGGAGUGUUGUGGAAACGCCAUGAUAUUGAUCUUCCCCUUUACUUGGGGUGGGUGGCUGGAUAUGGGGGGCGGGGGAGAUUUGGGGGUAGAGGCCCCCAGACCUCCGAAAACAGCACCCCUGAUUACUGCAACCAUUUUGGGAAAAUACGAAUAUUCCGAUGACAAUUCUAUGACUGAAGAAUUGUUAAAAUCCACAGAGUAGCCAAAUGCCUGAAAAACUCAUGGCAGCGACCUUGACCGGAACCAUUGAAGCUCGACCGUACCUUGACUUUGCCUUUAAAUCCUUGGGAACUGUCCACUACCCACGUAAACGUAGAAACCCACGCUGUCGCGCUCCGACACAAUUUCUUCGCGUAAUGACGUAUUCAGUAUGGCUCGAUCCUGGGGGAGGGUACUGCCAUAUAUGGACUAUAUGGGUAUGUGCCGCUGUGAGUGGUAUGGUUUUCAAGCUGUUUACUCUUUGAUAGGGUUUAUAAAUCACAGAGUUUAGGUCUAGAAUAGGGUGUCAUUUUCCAGGAAACUGAUCAAUUGGUUGAAGAUUUUAGUCUAGAAUAGGGAAACCGGGAAUUGCCAUUCAAAAAUAUGAAAAAUCAAAUCUGUUUUGUUUUGGCUGGACUGUGUUUGUGACCUCAGUAGUUUCUGGAAAACAGCUACACUGGGAUAGAUGGGGAUUUUGAGAGUUUAGUCUCCUAUUAGGGUAGCAAAAUUCAAUUGAACGAGCGCUGUUAUAGGCUAAGGGUUCUGAACAGCCCCCAAAAUGAUCCCGACCCCGAAAUGAUCCCCAACCCUGAAAUGAUCCCCAAAUCGACCCCGAAAUGAUCCCCAUUCCUCUUCACGUCGACCCCGAAAUGAUCCCCAAUUAAUUCUUGGAAUGGAACUUGUAUUCCGUCACGGAGUUAUUACAAAGAGUUGCAGCGUUUACGUUCUUAAAUCGCGUUUAACAUUUCGCUACAAAUUGAAAACGUUACAGUCAAGAACAGUAUUUUUCCUCCUUCCCUUCCCAUGAGACCCCGCGCGCUCCUCAACCUAAUCCCCAAUCGUCUCUCAUCCCAAAAAACACUUAAAUAGCGACUGGGUACGAGUCUGAGUCAAGAAGACUUUAGCAGCGACUGAUCAAACAAAGUGAAAUAGAGUUUACUUGCGAUAUUUCGACUGGCCAAUACCAGUCUUCAUCAGGUUCAUUGAGAUAUCACGAAUUCACAGAAAUACAUAUGAGGAAAAAUUAUGACCGGAAAUUACAUAAUAUGACAUGGAAUUGUGGCUACUUUAAAAGAUAAGAUAACAAAAAAAUAAAAGAUAUACUAUAUAUAGUUACAGUUCAUCACGUUUAUUGAUGCCCCGAGGCUCAAUUGUCUUAGCUUUAUGGAUAAGGUGGGCUUCACGUGCUUUCCUGAAAGAAUCACGCCCAUUUUUAAGUUUUUCAAUAGGAAUCAAAAGCAUAUGAUUGUCGGGAUGAUUACUGGUUAGAAAGUGUUCUGAAACUGCAGUAUGGAUGUAAUUACCAGUAGGGUUGAGUAUAGGUCGUCUGUGUUCAUUAAAACGGUCUUUGAGGCGACGUUUAGUUUCUCCAACAUAUUGUAGAUUAAACAGGCGACAUUGAAUCAAAUAGAUAACAUUAAAAGUUUCACAAGCGAUAUGAGAUUUGAUGUGGUGGGUGUCACCUGUAGAAUGAAAAGUGUAAUCGCGGCUGCGACAAAACCUUUCUUAAGAUCCAAAUACAACGAGCUUCCAACAUUCUUCGCACUGACGCACUUACAAACAAACCCAAGACUCAGACUGAAACCUGCUAAAGGCUUCUUGACUGUAACGUUUUCAAUUUGAUCUAUUUUGACUGAUCACGAUCUUUUUGGAACCGACGUUGAGCAAGAUUGAUCGUACACGGUAUUUGCAGUUUUUUUUAUUCUUUUUUACCUUAAUUAAAGAUUUGGCCACAGUUUAUGUGAUUUUUUAGCGCUUUUGUCAUCUAAUCGCCUUUACGUAUACUUUUGCAUCUUUUAGAAAGUGUUAAAACACCAUCUUUAAAUAACAAUUAUUCACCGAAGUGGAGGUGGCUAGUAUUGGAUAUUUACCGAGGCCGCGAAGCGGCAAGGUAAAUAUCCAAGUAUAUACUAGUAGUAUAUACUAAAACAGUGAGAUAAUUGAGCACAAAAUGAUGAUUUUUAACUCAUUUACUGUUGCCAACCAUUACAAUUUUGGCGCGCGAUGACCGAACGGCCGCGGUCGUCGCUUUUUCUUAGCGACAAAUAAAACUUUUGAAGGCGUUUGUUUAGCUCUUGCGGGGAAGUUUCUUCAAUUCUGUUUGUAUUUAAAAUAAUUCUGUAAAAAAGAUUAUUACAUUGCAAGACUUAAGCUUAAUUUGCAUUUGUAAACAAAAAACUUUUUCACCGGUUUUAUCGAUAACUAAUCAAGUCAAAAAGACAAAGCUUUACCUGUUAAAACUUCCAAACCGACCUUCGUCACCCUCUUCAUGUAUUUCGGAAAUAGCUUGCUUGAUUAGUUGUGAAAUUUCUUAGUUUGUUACGGCAGCAACCGGGAAAGCAUUUUGCUCGCAACCUACGCGAGUUUGGCGUCGCUCGCUCGGAGGAACUGGAGGUAAAUCAGUGAAUAGUGCAGGAUAUUCACUGAUUGAGUAGCCAAUCAGAGCGCACGAAAAACACUAUCCACUGUUUUAGUGUAUACUAAAAUUCAAUAUCCAAGGCAUGAAGUUUUAACAUCAUUUUCAGAAUUUAACAUCUAUGCAGUUUUCUCUAUAACCCGGGCUAUAAUCACCUACCUAAUAAUUUAAAAAAAUGUCAUGUUUCUUGAUAUUAUCAGUUGCAGUUCAUGGUGUUCCUAAAAAUAUACCAGACCUUGUGUAUUUUUUUGAUAAUAAUAUUUCCCGGCGUUUAAUCCAGUUCAAAGUGUAAUCCCAGAUUAAUGUCAUGUGAGCAAGUGAAGAUUAUUAGUGAAGUUGUGCAUUUUGUACGAUCCAUAGUUCUAGGAUAUCAUUCCAUUCCUUAAAUUAAAUGGGGAUCAUUUCGGGGUCGAUUUGGGGAUCAUUUCAGGGUUGGGGAUCAUUUCGGGGUCGGGAUCAUUUCCGGGGCUGUACAGUUCCAGGGGACCCAGCGACACAUUCCCCCCCCCAAAAAAAUUCCUUAAGUAUCCCCCCACCCCCGCUCCCGGGCUCGAUCUUGGCUAUUUGUAUCGUUUCGUCCGCCCUCAGCAGAGUUCGAUGCAGUCAAUGUAGUGUGAAGUUCUUCUGUUUGACUGUAAAUUUGACUGUAAAUUCGUUCAAUGAUCGUUUAAGUUACAAUGAUAACUCUCAAGUCCAUUGGAAUUGCAAUACUACUGUUGGGCCUCGCUCAAGAUUUCUUGUCUGUUCCGGUGUUUGUUAGAGGAGAAGAUCAAACGCCUGAUAGAACUUCUCGUGAUCGACGAACCAUUUGCCUCUAUCUCUGUAGUUCUAAGAAAAAUGAGCCCUUCAGAAAGGUACGAUUCAGCAUUCAUCAUUUAGAUUGGAAAGCUAUUUUUUGGUCUACUUAUUCUGUUAUUGCGCAUCAUAAUUACUUCACCUUAAAGGCCAUUGUAUCCGCUUCUUCGAUGUGUUUGGUAGAAAGUGGGAUGAAAUUGCAGCUUUUAGUUGUGUGAUCGUGAAAAAUUCGAAAACUUAUACUCUCUUAACUCUACCAUGGCUCAAUGUCAACAAGUGCGUGCGGUUUCUCCUUCCCUUUGUCGAGCUUACUUUGACUCAGAAUCACACCGAAACCAUGCUGCCCCUAGGAAUCUAGAGGGAUAACCUGGAUAACUUUAAAAUCUUUCCUUUACACAUGAUUGUUUCCUAUGAGUGAUAUUCAUUUAGGCAAGCGUAAAAAUUGUUGUGGUUCGAGCUAGGAUCAUAAUGAAACCGACACUCAAUUGUAAGAAUACGUAGUAGAUUGAAUCGGUAUCCGGUUAUUCAAUUUUUAAAAUCUCUCGUCUAGAUAUUUUAUUCUAUUUUAAGCUACGGAAAGUAAAGAAUCACAGACAACUCGCCGAGACCAAGUUACAUUAAAAUGUAAUCGUCGAACGGACAUCAUCGCUUAAACGAACGAGUUUACUCGUCGAAAGAACACGCGAAUUAGUAAUUUGAUAUUUGACGAAAAAGAAGUCACGCUAUUUGCAAUGCACACACACUGACACAGUGUCAAGCUUUUGCGGUUAAUAUUCGUUCAUAUACGUGGACUGAGACUGUCGUGAAGGCUUUAAAGUUAUUAAUAAUUUACAUAUAACGAUAUAAAACAAUUUCUUAUAAUUGUUUUGUUCUAUUCCUUAGACGGAAUGGAAUCAAAUGUACUGAAUUGAGAACUAGUUCCUGUCUCUACCAGCUGUCUCGCAUCUUGUCAAUUUCACGGCCGUUUCUGAUUUAUUUCCUUUCAAUAGUUGUUUUAAACACAAAGGGUUUUAUCAGUAAAGUAGUAUCUAAUUAUAAACCUGCUGGCAACAUGGGAAUGCAAAUUUAUAUACUGCGUGAUGUUUUUGUCUAGCGAGUAGGUAAAAUGAAUUACAGGUACGGCCUCCCAAUUGCAUUUUCCCCGAAUGCAGCCGGCUCUCUAUUACAAGUGUUAAGCUUUUUUCAAGCUGGAGAAAUAUUAACUUCCAUCUGGAUAGACAUCAAACAUUCCACCCUGUUUUUUCCGGCAACGCCAAUGAAAACAUCUUAAAUUUACAGCUCGAGUGGCUUAAUUUUCUGAGAAAAGGAAAAAGUCAAUUUGGCCCUUGGCGAAUGCUGUGGAGUAAAUGAUUGAUCACUUGUUUUUUCGGCAGGUGGUUAACUUCUGUAUGGAUCUUUAGGUUUGUAAGUGUUGCUUAACAAGGCAUGAAGAAGUUUUGAAAACUUUAAGACUUGAUUACAGUUGAAAUAUACAUACAUGGAUUAUCAAAAUUAUCAUGGAUUUAUCAAAAUAUAGGCUUUUUACUGAGUUACAAAUAUUUCUUACUAUAUUAAUACUCGCUUACAAGUAACGAUUAAAACUGAUGAAGAACAGAAAAGAAUUACAAAAAAAUACAUCAACAAAAUGCUGGUGAAUACGUAAUUGUGCAUUGAAAGGAUAAUGUAUAAUUUAUUCAAGUAUUUUUAAAAUUUCACCAUUCAUAAGUUUGUUACCUAGUAGCGUGUUUUGGAAAGGGCGUUCAACAACGUUCACAUCGCUGAAACAGACCCAAAGCUCUUGCUUAAGUAACUAUAUACAUAUAUGUGUGUCCGGUCCUGAUAAACUAAGGUGUAUAAACUUCUGUCUGUGUUUAUAACCUCUGUCCACUCGAGUACGGUCUAGUAAACAGGGUCCAAAAAAGUGCUUCACGGAUGAAAUAAGGUUUUGUGCAGAGAGUGGUAAACUCAUAUUGACCAUUUCUACUACUUUGCAGUGUUGGCUUUCUGCAAACUUGUUCAAAUUUCUACCUGCCUGACACUAAAAUUUCGACUUCCUGUGUUCUAGAUUAUGACUUCCUACAAACACAUUUGGACUAGCUUAACUAGCUAGCAGUCACUCUUCUGUAAAAAAAAAAAAAACCUGAUUGUUUAAUAUUUUCAACGGCUUUUGUUUGUUUGUAUAUUUGUUUUAUCACUUCUCAAUUCAUCGUUAUCACCUGAGAUUUUUAAAGAGGGUAAGAGUGAGAAGGAAACCGCCGCGCGUAGAGAUAUUAUGUACGAACCCUUUACAGAAAUUCGUUAAGUGCUGACUGUAUUAUACGAUUAUGAAAAGCCUAGUAAACAUAUUAACCUGUAUUGAAACACCGUGCAUGAAAAAAAUCGAUGGGCAGAGCUAUUGUGGCGUACGAAAGAACAACGCCAGGAGCUUAUGAAGUUAGAGGCUUCUGACAACGUUAAUAACAAGGCAAGAAUUUGAAUUAAUAGGAUGCCCGAAGGCUUUAAGCGCAAAGUCCAGUUUAUUUUGGUCGUUCAGAAGAUUUCUAUUAAUGUGUACGUGAAGGAAGUCCAAAUUGUGACGUCAAAGACGACUAAAAUUAAUAUGCAGCUAGGGCCCAGUUUUUCAACGGCCGAUUAUCACCAGCCCAGGGUUAAAAUUUGAAUCCGAGUUUCUUUUUUUCUUGUUCAAACGCAUUUUCUCGCAUAACUUUUUCAAUUUUUGGUAGAGCAAUUUUCAAUUUACUUUUUGAGCUCUGAUAUAUGAACUUCAAAUUUUGCGCUAGCCCUGGGUUAUCUUAACCCAUCUUAGAACAACCCGGCCCAGAAGGGUGCAGUUCAAGGGCAUUUUUCAGAUCGUGUGUUCCCGGGCCCACGGUGGGCCAUUUAUCAUCAAAGGUGUGCCCAGGGUGGGAAAUUUGUCAUCGAAGAAUUUAAUAUAUUCUACCACAGUUCAAAAAACAACAACAAAACAAGAAUAGGUUAUAACAUGAUAGGUCUUAUAGGUUGUUGGACUACCAGUUUAAGGGGCUAUGGAGCGAGGAAGAUCCGAAACGGCGGAACAACUUUUCGUUGGUUGAUGCAGAAGUGCGGUUCGUAUGGUUACCAAGUAGAUAGGGAAUUAAGAAUGACGGGCGACAAUAACAAAAAUGUAAUUCGGGCCCUUCUGCUCCCUUUACUGGCAUCAGUAACUCCCUUCAGCAGAAUUAUGACAAUUAUCAGCUCGUGGUAACGCAAAACGAAAUAGUCAGCCUUUAUUGCCUUGAUUACCCACUAAACGACCCGCCGUCAUUUUUGUCUAGAGCUAGGAUCUUCCUAGCGAAAGCAGUUUACAUGGUGCUAGGAUUUUCCUACCUCUCAGCUAAGAUCCCAGCGCUAGUAUAGGGACAGGUGCAACCCUUUGCAUGUAAACUGAUUACAGAAAACAUAUGGCGCUAGAAUGAUCCACCUUCUAGGAUCUUCCUCCCUCCAUGUAAACAGCUUCUAAAUUGUUUCUUCUCUUAUUAUUACUUCAGGGAACUUCAUUUGAUCGGUGUUUCAGAGAAUGCUCCCUCAAGAAAAGAAAAGGUAAAGUUUAAACACAAACGGCCCAAUUAAUUUUAAUUAUUUCCGACUAAACAGAAUUUUCCUUUUUCUAGAUUCAGGUGAAAGUUUAUCUUCUGUUGAAAUAAAGGAGGAUUUGAACUUUCCAAUGACAAGAUCACGACGGGACACCAAACAUUCGCUGCCAGGUAGGAAAACGGUCGUGCUUCAUCAAAAGUUGAGUAUUGAAUGAAGACAGUUAUAAAUAUUUCAAUGCGGAUCUCUUCCGUAAGACGUCCUAGGUUGUAUUGUGUAAUUACUUGGGAUUCCUGCGGAACUCUCAAGUCGGAAAUUGCGAUAUUAGAGACCUUUAAGAAACUACGACGGUGACGACAAGGAAAACGUCAAGAAAGCAAUAGGUUUAAUGAGAAAAACAACAACUCAGCACGUGCAUCACACUUUUUUGUACAUUUCUUUGCCAUCCCUGCACGUGACCAAAUUUUAAGCUUACUUGAGAACGCGAGCGGCAAGGCAAUAAAUUCUACCUGAUCUCUGUCUGAAUUCGGGCGCAGUCCCCUCUCUUUAGCUCCAACCAAAAUUCCCUUCUUUUAAGUAACAGGGCGAAUUGUGAUAAUCGCGAAAAAGUUGAAAAGGAUGUGAAGUCUAUUUUUCAGCGACGUUUCGCCGUUGUUGGAUCGUAGAGUUUCUAUUGCAGAAUGCCGCUGCGUUUGGUACGAUGUUUAUGCUCACAUAUCUUCGCGAAACCGAAUUAGGAGAAACCUUUUUGAUCAGCUCAUAGCAAAGCCCACGAGUAAACUACGACAGCGGCUUGUGCAAAAAGACAACAACAGCAACAACAGCAAAAACAAAACGUUGAUGGCGCAUAUACUUACGUCUGUAAUUCGAAAUUGCCCAUUUCUAUGACGUCACUUUUUUCGUACAAAAAAAUAAACUUAUUAUAGUUAAUUACAAGAAUUUGUUUUCUCAACACAGGUUGCCCAAAAAUUGAUACUAAGCAUGAAGGUCUUGGAUACAUCGUGGAAAAGGACAAGAUAAGUGUGGAUUUUAAGAAAAUGAAACCGAACCUUACUGUUGAGUGGGAACCGGAACGUAGAAGUAAGUGAGAUAGGUGGCUACACUGUGAAAGUAAACUAUAGCUUCCGGGGGGGGGUUACUCCCUAAUAUGGGCUAUAUAGGUGUGUGCGGCCCCAAAGGGUAGGGUUUUUCAGCCGUUUUGGUCAUAAAUUGGGUAUCGAUUUUGGCUAUUUUGCCGCCUUUUUGGUCAUAAAUAGGGUAACGAUUUUUGCACUGUAGUCUUGAAUGCACCUUUUUAGAAGAAGCUACUUCCUUAUCGUGUCCCCCUAACCUAAUAAAAGCAGAUAAACAUUGCCUUUAACAUCGGUCUGAACUAGGGAAAUGAUUAUAAGGCAGGUCUGAAACAGGGUAUUGAUUUAAGGGUCAGGUCAUAAAUAGGGUAUCAAAUUUUUGGUUAGGUCAUAAAUAGGGUAGGGAAAAUCGCAGAUUUUGGUCAUAAAUAGGGUAAGGGUUUUGGGAAGCGGGCCGCACACCCCUACCCAAUUUUUCUGCGAGUACCCUCCCCCCCGGGCUAUAGCUUCCCUUCACACGGUCAUUCAAGAGAUUUUUUCUUUCGUAGUCUGUGGGUUUUUGAUGCUUUUUCAAGAGAGUAAAACGAGACAAAGAAAUGAAAGUUUCAGUUUUGCUUAGUGCUUCCAAAACAGCUGCUUCUAAUUACAGAAUGCACACACGUAACGCAUGAGAGUAUCGAACUAUGACUUUACAAUGACUGUCACAAAAUCAACCCAAGCUGUCCCUUUGGGAAUUUCUGUUUUACGUCAUCUCAACCAUUUCGUACUUGCUGGCGUUCAGCAGUUUUUAGGGCUAAAACGUCAUCAUCACCUAACGAUUCCUCGCGUCCCCCUGUUUACGCAAAUCGUGAUUUUUUUCUGGUGUACUAACUGCAUACUGUAACUUUAAGUACUUUCCUAUAUAUAUGUUAUAGGUCAAAUUUGAUUUCAGGUUGCAAUUUUUUAAUGUGGGUUGAUUCUGAAUUCCCCUUGUCUUCUAGGGCUAGGAGACAAAGGAAAUUCAGAUCCCUCUAGGUUUAAUCAAAAUUAACGUGAAAACUAAUUUGACCUGUAACAUAUACGCGCGAGCUACUAGGAUGCCUCCUCCGGAUUUUGCCCUGUGGGCAAAAACCCUGCGAGGACAAUUAUGUGGCGGCUCUUUCAGAUGGUUACAACUGGACUUCCUAUGGUUUGCUUUAUCAUGGCUUAAAAGUGGAUCAGCUUGCCUGCAUAAUAGUAGCAAAAGUAAGUAUCUAUACUAAAUUACUCCUCCUUAAACUCGGAACGGCGAGAAGCCAUUUGACAUCGUCUGUACCUGUUUUUCCGUCUCCUUUGGUCAUUAUUGAAAAAUUGUACAAUACUUCCAACUUAAUCAUUUUCCGACUCAAAGUUGUUUAGGUGGGGCAGAUGUGCGAAACUUGGGGUAUAGUACUUCCCAUUUGCAUGGGACAACCGGAAAUUCCGGUUGGAAAAUCAAAUGGAUCGCCCCCUUCCGUUUGAGAAGCUUCAGAAAACGUGGACUUUGACCUGAGGCGAUGCCAUUUUUCUUCUCUCAGAGUCUAUUCUGCUUAUCUGUUCUCCCACCACGUCAAAUUUCAGUUUUAUCAGCAGUGACAGAUCCAGGGGAGGGGCCCGGGGGUCGGCCCCCCCUCCCCCCUUAUUCUUAGACCAAACGGAGGCCCGAAUUAGUUUUUACACAAAAGACUUCCACUCGGGUGAUUAGUGUAAAUGCUAAGCACCAAGCUUGGUUUCCAUGAAUUCUUACUAGGGCGCUAUAUAACUGGACAGUAAUUUUAUAUUUAACAUUUACAUUGUUACCGGCUUAACUUUCGCGCUACAAAGUUACAUUUCC